GCUCAUCGGUGCACGGGGGCAAAGUCAGCUGUUUUUAGUAGCUUCAAGCUAUUGCUGUGUGUUACUGAUCUAUGAAAUUCUCCUUAUCUUUUGCUUAUCACGUCUUGGAUUCUCGUACACCGUUCCACGGUUCUGGAAAAAGCACAGGUCUAUAUUUCUUUAGUGCUUCAACUUGUUGAAUAGCAGCACCCUGCCCUCUACAAAGGAGUGCUCAGUGUUCAAGGUUCAGGAAGAUAACGAGAGGUGAGUGGCUGACGCACAGCUCGUGUUAUGUUACCACAGGCUCAGCUCAUAUUACCGAAGACAGCAGGUAGCGUGAAACCAUAGCUGGAUUCAGAUCGCUGUGGCUCGAACAAACCAGGAACUAGGACCAACAAAGGAUUUAAAGAAGCUAAAGAAGACAACCGAGGGUGUUGUAAGAAGAGCGUUACCAUGGGUAAGAAGGCACAACAGCCUCUGCUGCUUUUGCUGUGUUUGUCAGGGCUUGUGCGCUGUUCAGCUGCCAUGGUGUUUUGGACAGCCGUGGUGGAAAUAAGCUACGUUAACAACCUCAAUGAGACUGUGGACAAAUACUGUGAGUGCGGGGUGUACGGUCGAAACUCUCUGGUUCAAAAAGCUUCAGGCAUUGUCACGCUUCCCAGGGGAGACCCCAAAGGCUGCGGCUCAGACCCCGUCUACAGCCGCAAUUCCAGCUCUCCCCCUUGGAUAGCGUUAGUCAAAAGAGGCAACUGCACCUUCAGCGAGAAGAUCAAUGCCGCCAAGCGUCAAGGGGCAGCUGCUGUGGUCGUGUACAAUGUGGACGGCAGUGGAAACAGCACCACACACAUGGCACACUCGGAGGCAGAAGAAAUUGUGGCUAUCAUGGUCGGCAACGCUCAGGGCGCGGAAAUUGCCAGGUUGGUCAUGAAUGGGACAGAUGUUCAGAUGCUCAUCGACGUAGGCAGCCCUCACGGACCCUGGAUGGACACCUACUGGCUUUAUUUCCUGUCCAUCGCCUUCUUCAUUGUGACGGCAGCCUCAAUCGCCUACUUCGUGUUUAUCUCCGCGAACCGUCUCUACAGUCUGAAUAGGCUGAGGCGCAACGAGAGGAGGCUGAAAUCUGAAGCGAAGAAGGCAAUAGGCCGUCUACAAGUACGCACCAUCAAAAGAGGGGACGAGGAAACUACCUCCGAGUCCCAUGUGUGUGCCGUGUGCAUCGAAUCCUACAAAGCAGGCGACGUGGUGACCAUACUGACGUGUGACCACUUCUUCCAUAAAGCCUGCAUCGAACCGUGGCUGCUGGAGAAGAGGACCUGCCCCAUGUGCAAGUGCGACAUCCUGAAGGCCCUCGGGGUCGAGGAUGAGACAAAGAGCAUCUCUAGCGAAUCGCCACCAGAUGUCACUGUGAUCACAGUGACGGGAGGAGAACAUCUGUACGAGGUUCCACUGACCAACCCAGGGAGCUCUGACCCGGAGAGACAGGAACAUCACUAUGACAACAGUGCCUUCGAGGGAGACUCGCAGGCUGUGAGGGGAUGAACAACAGCGAUGGAAACAAAACAGCAACAAACCAGGACACAGUCAAAUUGCCUGUUUGAUUUAGAUAUGUUUAUCUUAUGCAUUCAACCAGCACAAUGAAUCAACAUAUAAUGUUCCAGUGGGAGAAGCAAUGUCAGUCUCGUGUUGAAGGCAGGCUGCUAUUGAUUUUCACAAGGAAAAAAAAAAAAAAAAAAGAAGUACUUUAAUUUAAAAAUGUCAACAGACUUUGAGUAAUUAGCCUGGAUAUCAUUGCAUUUUCUUUGUGUCCACUUUGAUGUGUGUAAUCUAAGGGUGUGUUCAUAAAGUUAUUGUAGGACGGCUAGAUUCUGUAAACAGAGCAGUCGUGCCGUGACACCAGUGUCAAAUUUCUGUUUUCCAUGGUCAACACAGGUGUUUGUCACCGGUUGGGGAGGAGGUGGAGGGAUUUGAAUAUCUGUUUGAUACUGUGGCCAAAUUAUUUUACCAGUAAAACGCCUGAUAGCAUUGUCCGCAGCCCCAGACAAUCAGCCGCUGCUUUUAAAUUGAAAUGAAUUCAUUCCUCUUGAUAGAAUUCUUUCUUUGUUUCAGCCUGUUUUUCCAUUUCUGUCUGGUUCAGGCAGAUUGUCGGGCUCGAUUUGCAAGCACGCCCUUAUGAACACACCCUUGACUGGAAAUGCAGCGUGACAAACAUUGCAUUACCAUGACUAAAAUCACCUGAGGGACUGGGGCUCUUAAGAAAAAUGGUCCACAGUAACACAGAGCAUUAGGCCAUUAAAAGUUCUCUAUAGGUUGUUUCUUGCACCGUAACUACUUUUGAGAUGUAGUGAUGAAAAUACAUUUUGUCGAAACAGAUGUAAUGCUUCCAAAAAAAUGUUUUCCUGACUUUUGGUUAAGGGGAAAUUGUCUUUUUAUGUUUUGGGGGUUUUAAACCAUAUAUAUUGAGUUUGGUUUAUCAGUCAUGAAGUUCUGCCUGUUAAUACUGUAUAAACUUGAUAUAUAUUAUAUGUAUAGUCCUUCUUUAACCGCUUGAUUUCCACUUAAUAGUUCAAAUUAUUAUUGUGAAACAACAUGUCUUCCAGGUUUUGCCUCUGAAUUAUUUUGAAAAGUAGUUUAUUCUGUCCCUGUGCCUACCUCUGAGCCACCACAGAGUUAAAGUUAGGAACAUAUUAUACGAUUCUUGUACUUCCGAGAUUAAGUGUGUUUCUCUGUGAAUGUUAAAGCUAAACAAUUGUUUCUUUGUUUGCUCGGCGAGGAUAUGCUGAUUAUUUUACUUUAUGUACUUUUUUUUCUAUAUUUAAUCAUUUUCACUACAGAUUCAAAGAGUCUUAAAUUGUACAGUUAAAAAGAAUGGCUUUAUGUAUUAAAUCACAUUGAUGCUUUUUAGAUUGCAAUAAAUCCCUCAAAAUGAGGACAACUUUA